UCAAAAUGUCAACUGUAAAGGACCAGCUUUUAGAGAAUCUAAUUGCAGAAGAUAAGACCUCUCAACGUAAGAUCACCAUAAUUGGAACAGGUGCUGUAGGCAUGGCUUGCGCUAUUAGUAUCUUAUUGAAGGAUUUGGCUGAUGAACUUGCCCUUACUGAUAUUGCAGCAGACAAGUUGAAGGGAGAAACGAUGGAUCUUCAGCAUGGCAGCCUUUUCUUUCAUACUUCAAAGAUUGUCUCUGGAGAAGAUUACAGUGUAUCUGCAAACUCCAAAUUAGUUAUUGUCACAGCAGGUGCACGGCAGCAGGAGGGAGAAAGUCGCCUUGCCCUGGUCCAGCGUAAUGUGGAUAUUAUGAAAACAAUCAUUCCUCCCAUAGUCCGUCAUAGUCCCGACUGUAAGAUACUUAUUGUUUCAAAUCCAGUGGAUAUUUUGACAUAUGUGGUCUGGAAGAUAAGUGGUCUACCUGUCUCUCGUGUAAUUGGAAGUGGUUGUAAUCUAGACUCUGCCCGUUUCCGUUACCUCAUUGGGGAGAAAUUGGGUGUCCAUCCCACGAGCUGUCAUGGUUGGAUUAUUGGAGAACAUGGAGAUUCUAGUGUGCCCUUGUGGAGUGGGGUGAAUGUUGCUGGUGUUGCUCUGAAGAAUCUGAACCCUAAGUUAGGAACUGAUUCAGACAAAGAACAAUGGAAAAAUGUCCAUAGACAAGUUGUUGACAGCGCUUAUGAGAUUAUCAAGAUGAAGGGGUAUACCUCCUGGGCUAUUGGACUGUCUGUGACAGAUCUGGCAGGAUCAAUUCUGAAAAAUCUUAGGAGAGUACAUCCAGUUUCCACUAUGGUUAAGGGCUUAUAUGGAAUAAAAGAAGACAUUUUUCUUAGUGUCCCUUGUGUCUUGGGGCAGAAUGGUAUAUCGGAUGUUGUGAAAGUUACCUUGAAUCCUGAGGAGGAGGCCCUUUUUAAAAAGAGUGCAGAUACACUUUGGGAUAUCCAAAAAGGCAUCAUAUUUUAAAGCCUUUAAUGUCCCACUGUUUUAUAGAACAGAAGACUGAAUAUCUUGUAUUUUGAAAGCAUUUUCACCUAAUCUGUAAAAAAUUAAAAGAGACCU